GUAAUUUUGUGAUAUUUAUGUAUAGUUAAUCGUUUUUCUAUGAUAUAGUGUUUUUAGAUAUUAGUUAUUUCAUAUGCUGUUCAAAUUUAAACCACAGUUUUGAAAAUACUAAAUUUAUCAUUUUUAAAGAAUAAUAGCAUUAUGGGUAUUACAGGUUUAGCUAAACUUAUAGCGGACAUCGCUCCGAACGCUAUUAAAGAAAGUGAAAUUAAAAAUCAUUUUGGUAUGGUACCAUUAAAUAAACCAUUAUUAAACUCUUCGUCUUUUAUUACAAUCGUAUCUAUUUAUCUUUUAUUGCAGGCCGAAAAAUUGCUAUUGAUGCGUCUAUGAGUCUUUAUCAGUUUUUAAUAGCAGUGCGCAGUGAGGGAGCUCAACUGACAAGUGCUGAUGGUGAAACAACCAGGUAUUUACACGACUACUUAUAUUCAGUUAAACAUAAAAAAAAAAUGAAAUCAUCUUAUUUUCAAUAAACUCAUGUUCCAGUCAUCUCAUGGGUACAUUUUACCGUACGAUACGACUUAUGGAAAACGGUAUUAAGCCAGUUUAUGUAUUUGAUGGUAAACCACCCCAAAUGAAAUCGUCAGAGUUGGAAAAACGAAAUGAUAGAAGACAGGAAGCACAAAAAGCAUUAGAAAAGGCAGAAGAAGAUGGUAUGAGCAUACAUUUGUUGGACAUUUGAUCUGAUUAUAAAUGUAAUUUUUAAAUGUUUGUUUUUUAGGUAAUGCUACAGAAAUUGAUAAAUUCAGUAAAAGAUUAGUAAAAGUAACUUCAACCCACACAGCUGAAUGUAAAGAAUUAUUAAAAUUGAUGGGAGUUCCAUAUGUCGAAGUAUAUUUUUAUUUUUUGUUUUAUUCUUAUAUUUUAUACAAAUAAAUAGGUAGUUCAUCUUAAUAGUAGUACAUUUAGUAUAUCCUAGUACAGUACAGUAACUUUAUAAAAUUAUUGUCAAUGAAAUGUCCCAAAAAUUAAAUAUUACACAGGUUAUAAUUUAAAAACAAUAAGGAAAAUUAAUAAUCUUGUUGAUUCAACAAUUUUAUUACCUUAUAUAAUGUUUUAUCUUUUAGUACAAAGUUUGGUUUAUCCAAUUAUCAAGACAAAUAUUAGUUGAACUCUAGCUUUUUGGUUAAUAUGGAAAAAUCCUAAUAUUAACUUAAAGUUAGUUUUUUUUUUUUUAAUUCAUAGGCUCCUUGUGAAGCUGAAGCACAGUGUGCCGCUAUGGUAAAAGCUGGUAAAGUGUAUGCAACUGCUACUGAAGAUAUGGAUGCUUUGACAUUUGGUUCCCCAGUAUUAUUACGCCACAUGACAUUUAGUGAAGCCCGAAAAAUGCCAAUUCAAGAAUUUCAGUUAGAGACUGUAUUGGAAACAAUGGAAAUGUCUAGAGAUGAAGUAAUUUAAAUUUUAAACUAUAGAAUACAAAUAACUCGUUAAAUUGUUUCAACAUUUCGUUGUUUGUUUUUAGUUUAUAGAUCUUUGCAUACUGUUGGGAUGUGAUUACUGUAACAGUAUAAAAGGUGUUGGACCAAAAAGAGCUAUUGAGCUUAUGCGACAAUAUAAAUCACUAGAAAACAUUAUUGAAAAUCUAGAUGUCAAAAAAUAUCAAAUACCAGAAAAUUGGCCGUUCAAGGAUGCUAGGAGAUUGUUUAUCGAUCCAGAAAUAACUGAUCCUGAAUCUUUGGAAGUAAUAUUUCAUUGUUUUUAAAUAAAUACCUUGUUAAUAAUAAAAUGUAUAAUAUCAUGUACCUCUACAUACAAUAUAAAUAGAUUUAUAAGGCCACCCAACUUACAUAACUGUGUUUAUAAAUACCCUCUUACUACUAACAGUAUAAAUAAGGUAUACAUAUUUAUUAUAUAUAGUUGAAAAAGGCUGAUUGUUAAACAAAUUCUUUAUCUAUGUAUUAAAUUUAUCAUAAAUGUUUGUAUUUAUUUUAUUAUUACAUUAUAGUUUAUACUAUACUCGAGAGAGCAUCGCUGUUUUGUCGUCAAAUUAUCCCACUCUCUAUGUGGUGAAUGGUGAUGAAUACCACAGCAGCGAUGAUGACAAUGUUAGUUGUCACUCAGUUGUGUUGUCUCAGCUAAUAGAGUAUAACAAUGAACAAAAUAAAAAAAUUUAACAAUUGAACAACAGUUCAAGUCUUAUUUAAUGUUUUUUUUAAAAUUUAAAUUAUCGUUUCAUUCUUUAAUUAUUAUUAAAUGUUAAAACUAGAAAUUCACUCUUAAGGAGCUAUCACUUAAAAAUAUAAUUCAUAAACAUAGAUACUAUAAUAAUAGAAUGAUUGGCAAUAAUUAUAAUUUAUUUAAUUAGUGAAAUAUUGUUUUCAACUCUUUCACUUAACUUUUGAAAAUCAAUAUCUAUAUGUGUGUUGGUGUUUAGGUUUGUGUCUAUUAGGCUCAAGCACGAUAAUAAUAUUUUAAUUUUUAAUUUACUGGAAUUUGUAUUUCCGUAUUUUCAGCUUUUGUUUUAAAUGUAUGAAAAUGAUUUUCCCUCAGUCAAGUUAAAUAAUCCAAGUCUUUGGUUUGUUUUUGUCAUGUACAGGCACUACUUGCGAAGUUUGAUUUAAUUUUUUGUCAAUUGCAGUCUGGACAUUAUGGAGUAAAUAUUUGUCAAGGCAGUUGUGGCUGUAUUUAUAGAAUAUAGAUGUAGGUGUUCUAGAAUAUUUGCGAGCCACAAUAAUCCUAGGUUUUCUAUAGACAUUGAUGCUUGAACUCCAAUGUAUAAUUUAAUAUUAGUUGGUUAGCUAUAGGUUUGUUUUUUUCAAUAAAUUGUUCAAUGUUAGAUCAAAAUUAUUAUAAUUAUAAUGAUAACAUUGCGUGGACAUUCUAGAAUGUUCUACGCUUGCCUGGUUAGUUUAAACGUAAAUUAUUGUCUGCAAAAAAAAUAAAUAUAUUUCAUAAAAGUGUAAUAAAUGUUGUAUAAAUUUUACUGGUUGGAUUGCAAGUUGGCCGUCCUGGGUUACAACCAUAUAUUAAAUAUGUUCAUGUUCAAAAUAUUUUAUGUUAUACAGAAAUAUGAUUUAGAAAUCCAUAAAACACAAUUUUUCUUACAAAUUAAUGAUAUAAUAUUUUGUAUAAUAUGGAUUUCUUUUCAUUGUAUAAUAAAAUCAUACUAUAUUAAUAAUAUAUUUUGCUCAUUUAUUCAUUUAAAUUAUAUAUUUUAGUUAAAAUGGGUAGAUCCAGAUGAAGAUGGUUUAGUUAAAUAUUUGUGUGGUGAUAGAGGAUUUGCUGAAGAUAGAGUAAGAAAUGGCGCUAAGAAGCUUUUGAAAUCUCGUUCUGGUACAACUCAAGGUAGAUUAGACUCAUUCUUCACAGUAAUUUCUACUCCAAAUAAACGUAAAGUGAGUUAAAAUGAUAUAUAAAGAUGUAUGAAUUUCAACUAUUAUUUUAUUCAUAUUAUAAACUAAUUUAUUAAUAUUGUUUAAGCUUUACUGUGGUGUUAAUAUAAUUUUAAUGCUAUUAUUAUUAAAUAUUUUAAAAGAAACCAUUAAAAUAAUCUUAAAUUACUACAGCUUUUCUAUUAAUAUAUUAUAUUUUAAUUUUACUAAAAUGAUAAUAUAAUAUGAAUACAUUACAUUUUUUAAUACUUAAAACUAUAAUGAACUUAAUUGCGUUUAAAUAAAGAUUUUGAGUAAAUAUCAGAAUUAAAAAAUGUUUCAUUGCAAUUUUCUUUGAAGUAUCAAACUGAAUUUUUUAAUAUUCCCUUACCAAUGAUUACAUAAGUUAUGUAUUCAAUAUAUUUUUAUUAAAAAUUGCAUAAACUCAAAAUAACUAUAUUAAACAUUAAAAUUAUAUUAUAAUUUGUUUUUAUUUUAUUUCAAGAUUUAUAAUAAGUCAAGUUACAUUUUUAAUUAGAAUAUUAAUUGUUUAUUUUAAGAUUGAACAAGCCAAAACAACAUCAGAAGCAAAUAAGAAAUCAAGAAAAGGCAAUUUUGCUAAACGUGGUCGACCUUUAAAAUAAUAGUAAACUACACUAUUAACUAUGUUCCAGUUAUAUACUACAACUUAUAUUAAACUAAUUAUAAUUUGUUAAUUUUAACUUUUUGUAAUAUAAGUUCUAAUCCAUAAUGAAAAACCAGCUAGGUUUUUUUAUUAUAUAAUAAGAUUAUACCUAGUAUAGAUAAUAUAUGUAAACUUUUUCUGGC